UUAGCUGUAGGCAACGGGGUGGCAUCAUCCUCGGCCUUUUCUGAUCAACGCUUUCUCGGCCAACAAGAAGCGCUUGAGCAUCACGGGCCGGCGCAGGAGAUUGAACAGCAGCAGCAUUCCCAGCCUGCUGAGCAACGCAAACCUGCCCGCACUACUUCUCCCAGCCCGAACCCGAGCAGGCCAAGAACUCGUCAGCAAGCACGCCUUGAGCAAGUGGCCGCCUCGAGUCAAGGCGAACAAGAUCGCCCAAUCACCUCUGGGUCGCAAACCAACAGUGACGCCGAGCAUUCGGCGUAUUCUCUUCUCCUGCGCAAGAAGGCUCGAAAGGAGCAGCAAGGGCAGCUGCUCGACGACAGUAAGAGAAGGCCGUCUCGUCCGACCUCACCAAGCCGCAAUGAUACUCCAGAGACUGGCUCGCCUUUCCUCGCGGACAUGGCAGACGUCGUCGGCGAAGCGGUCCAGAUCAAUUCGCGCCCCGCCUCACCCAUCCUAUCAGCUUGGCGUGGAUCUGCGUGGAGGGCCACCAACGAGCUUCACUGCAGUCACGAUGCAAUCAGCGCCGAAUGCAAUCAGGUCGUGCACGAUCAAAGCCACACUUCUCGUUCCAUGUUGGCGCAAGGGAAAGCAGGGCUGAUCUAUGGCCAGUCUUUCGAAGCAUUGGAGGUCGCUCUGCUCUACCGUAGCCCCAGUGGGACACAAGAAGAGCAAAAGGAUGGGCAAGAGCAUCAUCUCAACUCACCAUUCCGCGACAUGACUGAGAGUCAGAGGAGGGAAGAGAUGAUGGAUAUGACCAGCGGAGACAUCCGGCAGCGCCACGAUGGGCACACCGAAUACGACCUCACGCUUCACACUGGCCGUGAUGAGAAUCAGAAUCCACACUACGAAAGGCACAGGCUCGACUACAGCAGAACAGGCAGCGCAGCAGCCUCCAACCAGCGCUCCGAUCGACCCCCGAUCUCCGGCCCCAGCGUGCAAGACUUGCUCAACCGCUACCAUGAGCGGUAUGGAGCGUGCCACGAUGAGACAUACGACUACGACCACAGCUUCGCCUCCAUCGAGCAGGUGGCGGACGACUCGGGGCAUGGGACGACUCGACUGGACGACCUCGCUGACGUGUGUGAGCAGCAGGAAGAGCCAGUACACCUCCCGUACUUGGCGCACCAGGACAGCGCAGAGGGGCAGCUAGGGCAGCGCAGGGACUGGUCGAUCAACAUGAGUCUAAAGGAAGACGUUACCGAUCCCAUCAAUCGCUUCAGCGCGGAGCCUCAGAGCCAACAAGUCGAGCAGCAGAAGCAGCAGCAGCAGCAGCUCCAUCCACAAUCGCGCCAGCUCUAUGGACGAAGAGACCAGCAGCUACAGACGCAUCUUCCCUCUCAGUCCUACCCAGGACCUCUACUUCCCUCAGCCCAGAGCUAUGAAUGUGCAGCCUCUUCAGCGAAGGAGGCCAGCAGCAGUAGCGCGCCUGCUCCUCGUCCCUACCUUCCCAGCCUACAGCAAGCCCUCCGUGGAGCCGUCGGGGAGGUGGAGCGCGCCAGGUACUCUUGGCAAUUCGAUGACCACCCGGAAGGCGAAGCAGGCAUAGACAAUGACAGGAGGCAACUGGGAGCAUCUCCAAGCCUCGGAUCGCGAGUCAUCGAGGAUGGAGGGGGAUUCUGGGAACCGCAAGCGCUCGGCAGGCGUUGAGGGAGGUCGAGCCUGAUUUGAGGGAGCCGCGAGACACACACGAGAGAGAGAGAGGAAGAAGGUGUGUGCGUCACGCUGCUGCUAAUGAUU